GAGCGCUGAGCGCCGGCUCCGAGCGCCGUGGGUCUUUACGCAUUCCACGUCCACAGACUCCGACGAAGGCGAGGAUCCACUCUCGGUUUUUUUGGCGGCUCGCAAUGCUCCAGAGAAUGUCCGCGGCUGCCGGGACUCCGUGCGGAAAGAGACGUUUGCCCGGCGUGGACCCAAUGACCUUUUCAAGCUGUGCGCCUCGCUGCCUGGAGCGGGUCUGAGCGGCGCGGCGCCGGCGGACCUUUCCGCGGGAGGGUGUCUCUGCUGUCGCCUCUCUGGGUUUUCACGGGAGCCCCACACCCACGCGCCUCUGAGUCCUGGAAGAAAGGGGCGGCUCCCUGCGCCCCCCGGAAGCCCGGAAAAUGGGGAGCAAGGCCCUGCCGGCGCCCAUCCCUCUCCACCCGUCGCUGCAGCUCACCAACUACUCCUUCCUGCAGGCCGUGAACACCUUCCCCGCCGCCGUGGACCACCUGCAGGGCCUGUACGGGCUCAGCGCCGUGCAGACCAUGCACAUGAACCACUGGACGCUGGGGUACCCCAACGUGCACGAGAUCACCCGCUCCACCCUCACCGAGAUGGCGGCGGCGCAGGGCCUCAUGGACGCGCGCUUCCCCUUCCAGGCUCUGCCCUUCACCACUCACCUCUUCCACCCCAAGCAGGGAGCCAUCGCCCACGUCCUCCCAGCCCUGCACAAGGACCGGCCCCGCUUUGACUUUGCCAACUUGGCCGUGGCCGCCACGCAAGAGGACCCCCCGAAGAUGGGCGAGCUGACCAAGCUGAGCCCGGGGCUGGGCAGCCCCAUCUCGGGCCUCAGUAAAUUGACUCCGGACAGAAAGCCCUCCCGGGGGAGGCUGCCCUCGAAAACGAAAAAAGAGUUUAUCUGCAAGUUUUGCGGCAGACACUUUACCAAAUCCUACAACUUGCUCAUCCACGAGAGGACCCACACGGACGAGAGGCCGUACACGUGUGACAUCUGCCACAAGGCCUUCCGGCGGCAGGACCACCUGCGGGAUCACAGGUAUAUUCAUUCCAAAGAAAAGCCCUUCAAGUGUCAGGAGUGUGGGAAAGGAUUUUGUCAGUCUAGAACUCUAGCCGUUCACAAAACUUUACACAUGCAGGAAUCUCCACACAAAUGCCCCACAUGUGGAAGAACCUUUAAUCAGAGAAGUAAUCUGAAAACUCACCUUCUCACCCAUACAGACAUCAAGCCCUACAGCUGCGAGCAGUGCGGCAAAGUGUUCAGGCGAAACUGUGAUCUGCGGCGGCACAGCCUGACUCACACCCCGCGGCAGGACUUCUAGAGAAGCCCAGGAUCUGUCCCCGUGCCCCCCUGCUCCCCUCUCCCCAGACACCCCUCCACACUUCCCACCCGGGGGUUCCACCCCCCCCCCAACCCUUCACUGACCCCAGCUCUGCCCCUGCUGCAGCCGCACCUGCAGCUCCAGGGAGUUAACUCAGCUUCUGGAGGACUGAGAACUGUAGACAGCCACACACGUACAUCCCUUCACAGAGCAUAUGCGAGUUCCUUGUAGAUAUGCACAGCUCAUUUUAGAGCUCUGUACAUAAUGUCGUGGGUCUUGGUGUUGUUGUUCUGUUUGUUUUUGUAUCUUGUUGGAUGCACCUGGAUAUGGAAAAUGGAAGCCAAAUUUAUCUUUAAAGACUGUAUUUUCAAAAUAAAACUUUUUUCUUGUUUCAA